AACUCGGCAUAAUACCGCGGAAGCGGCCUGGGAAAUUAUAUUUGUCAUGGAGAAUCGGUCGUGUCCACAUUGGAGGACAAUUCGAUUGCGAUCUUUGACCGCACGGCGACCAGACGGAACGGUCAUUGAAUGCGUUAUCGCCGGUCUUUUUAGAUCGGCCGCGCGUUUCGGUGAAAAGUACCGAUGACAUUCACGGCACUGCGUGGACAAGUGAACGCGAACAAUCAGACCGAGCACGAGAAUACAUCGAGCUUCGCACGUGGGAGAGAAACGCGUGAAAGUUCAGUCUGAUCGCUUCAAUGAGAUUACUUGUAAUUCUGUUUUUAAUAAAAUAGUCCUCUGCCAUUUUAUGCACAAUGUGCAUACAAAAUAAUGGGAUCAGUAUGUCUAGAAAAUUAUUAUCACUGUACAGCAUGUCUGUAAAAUAAUUGAUGCCACAUCAAUUUGAAAACCACUAUUUAUUAUGUAAAAGAGAUAUAGAAAUUAUUUAUAAUUUUCAAACUUUAUAUGAUACCUGUGAAAUAGCAACUCGUUCAUCGCUCUCAAAAAUCGGAGCCUGCAGAAUAGCAACAAUCUUAUCAUUUCUCCUGUGCACAUUAGGUUGUCAUUCUACAGGUCUCCAACUUUUUAAAUAAUACUCAAACGUUAAAAUAAUACUAAAUAAUACUAAAACUCAUAAACGUACUUCAAUAUUUUCUUAAUUUUUCAGAUCAAGAUGACGUGCUUGUCGGUCUCGUAUCUGCUGAUCUUUCUACUGGCUGACGUCAACGCGGCUGGCAUCGGUGAGGCCUGGCAAGUCACGCCGCACACCAAGCCCAUGUACGCGGAACAUUCGUCCCGACCACGGCUAAAUUCUUCGGCAUUUGAAGUUCGCACUGUGAGCGGAGUCGGUCGUCUGACGUCGCUCAAUGAAGCGGAGAAACAUCCGGCAGCCACCGAGUCGACACCGAGCGAUUCCGUAUCGACGACAAUGAGCGUUCCGGAAGACGCCUCCCGCAAAGAUAGAGACCUCGAGUAUCUCCGAAGAUUUUUCGAGAAUUCCUCUUACGACGACGACGAGGUCGAGGAUGACGUCGGAGACGACGCUCCACCUGUUCAGACUCUCCAGAAAAUGCUCAAGAAAACGAUCAUGAUGAGACUCCUGCGCGCGUUCAAGGAUGAAGAAGACGACGCAGUCAACGACGACGAGGAGGCUCCUGUCGAGACAACAGCUCCUGCACAACGCUUCCGUCGACAGGCGGAGAAUGAGACGAGCAUGGAGAAAAUCUCGACGACGAAGAGCGUCCGCGAGGCCCGCCUGAACUCUCCUGAGACGUGGUCCACCUCGGUGCAACCGAUCUCGGUGGAGUUCCGUCAUCGUAUCCCGCUGGAUCAGGUAGUUCAGCAGCAGCAACAGGAAGAGGAAGAAGCCGCCGCCGCUGCCGCUCUAGCCAACAGCUACCGGAGGUACCCUCAGGCACCUCGGGCGGACUUUGUGACCGGCCAUCAUCAUCAUCGUCGCGGUUACCCGGAAUAUCGCGAGUCCAGGGACAUGCCACUCACCGGGCGCAACUAUGAUGACUAUGAGCAGAUGUCUUGGUACCGAAACGCUGUACGCGACAGGGACUACGAUCCUUUAUCGUAUCCGUCGUACCGACGUGGGUACAGCUACCCGCAUCCAGAUCGCUACAGAAUGGAGAGGGAUUAUUACGUGCGCCCGGCGAGCGAUCAUUACUACUACGACCGCUAUGAUCGCUAUCGGGAUGACGAGCUAGACUUCCACGGACGCCAGCGAUCCAUGCCGAAGCCGAGACGAGUCAUCUACUACGCCACCCUGCCGGAGAUCGUGAGAAAACCGGUUGAUCUGAGAAACUACCCGCGAGGAUCAGCGUAUGACAGCGGCGCGAUCAAGUCGCAGGCGACGCGCGAUGACGCGUACAAGCGUGUUCCCGGCAACGUUGAUCCUGGCAAGUAUAGAUAUAGAAACGCGUACAAUAGCUACGAUCCUUAUGCGAAACGAUCGAGCUACUAUGAUCGUGGCUACGGGUAUUCAGAAGGCGAACUACGGCGGGUUAGAUUGUCGACCAAGGAAAGCCUGAAGAACGGAGACGGAUUCGGUGUGGGCAGCAAUGAGCAGCGGCGGGUGAGCAAUCUCGUCGCGAUCAGAGACGAUAGAGACAAGCUGCCGUGGCCGGUGCAGAUCGGCACGGAAGUCAGCAUCAAGGAUGAUGAGAGGAUCACCGGCCGGAAGGUGUUUGGCGAGUCGGCUGGCGGCUACGAGAGAUACCAGAACGCGCAGUUGCAGAAGGCACCGGACGCCACGGGAUCCAGCGAGCUCCAGAGCGAUAAUUAAUAAACACUGAAACAAGAGAAUUAAUCUCGGGUUUGUCUCGACUCGCGGAUUUACGAAAAGCGCAGAGGAACGUGCGCAGUCCUAAUAAAUGCUAUUUAGCUAUUUAAAUAAUAUCUAAAAAUUAAAUUUAAGUAGUAUUAAGUAUGAUUAUGAUGCACGCAAUAAAUAUUAAAGUACGUAAGAAUUUCAAAAAAGAUAUGCGUAAGGCAGGCGUAAACUGAAAAUUAUUUAAAGAAUUUAGAGGGUUUUAUAAUGUCACAACUCAACUUUACGCGCAUAGGAUGGGAUGGGUAUCAUUGUAUAUCUCGGUUUCACAUGUACAGCCUUGAUGGACCGUAUAGAUGCUAAGACGAAAUGUUUGUACUUUUAACAAUAAAGUUCCGAGAGAUUCACAUCCCAAA